AUGGACAUACCUGUACCAGGUUUUGUCCCAACUGCAUCUACCUGUUGGCCACACGAGGAACGUCCACAUCAAUUCCCUGUUCCCCCUGGGUUGCAAGGUUCCCAAUCGUCAAAACCUUCUACCACUACUGGUUAUUGUCAUCCGCACUCGGGAUAUGUCUUUGGUGUUGGCAAGAACCUGUUUGACAGGCUGCAAGACGAUCAGUAUAAUUAUCGGCGAGAAAUAAAUACGUAUUACCCUUUCCAUGAUGAAGGAGAAUGGGAGUUGGCGAAGUUCUUGGUUGAAAACUUAACUCAAGCUCAGAUUGACAAGUUUUUAAAGUUAAAAUGGUUUCACACUCGCGCAAAACCAUCCUUCACCUCCAAGGAGCAACUUCUAGAUUGGACCGAUGCACUACCCUCCUUUGUUCCAUGGAAAGUUUCGAACCUAGAGUUUACGGGCUACAAGACGACUUAUCCCGUGCAACUUAUUUGGCGCGAUGCUCUAGAGGUUGUCAAACAACUUUUCAGCGAUCCGGUUUUCGCCAAUCACAUUACCUUCCAGCCACACGUAGUCAAUACAGGAAGUCAACGUGAGUAUGGAGAUUAUAUGAGUGCCAAUAUGACAUGGAAAAUCCAGGACUAUCUGCCAGUAGGUGCUACGCAAGUACCUAUCAUCCUGGGAUCCGAUAAGACUCCUGUCACGCGGAUUACUGGAGGGCUCGAGAUGCACCCACUUUUCAUCACCAUCGGUAACAUUGAUUCAGAGGUUCGCUCCAAGGCCACCCUGCGAGCUUGGCGCUGUAUCGCCUACAUGCCUGUUAGCAAGUUUCGUGUGCAUUCCGACUAUCAGACCAUUCUUCAGGCGCGGCUAUGGCAUAAGUGCGUUGAUCUUGUCUGCGCCAACCUGAAGGUUGCAGCGAGUGAUGGCUGUUUUAUGCCUGAUCCUUCCCGACAUAUUCGAUAUGUCUUUACACCACUCAUCGCCCAUGUAUGUGACCUUCCCGAGGCCUCCAUGAUCGCUGCAGUCAGCAAGAAUGUCUCUCCAAUCACUAUGGCGACACAAGACAAAUUCGGUGACGGAAUUCUCUAUCCUCCUCGCACUGGGAAGCACACACUACAACUUAUACACGAGAUCGCCAAAGAGAUUGAUCCUUGGGAUCUCGACAAAUUUCAGAAGGCAGCAAAAGCUGCCCAUCUGUCUGGGGUCCACAUGCCAUAUUGGCUUGAUUGGUCGUUUUCGUGUCCAUCCGUCUUUCUCCCUGGCGAAGUUUUACAUACCCUUCAUAAGUUUUUUGCAGAUCAUCCACUCAAAUGGAUCAAGGAGAUAGUAGGAAAAACCAAGCUCGACACCCGCUUCAUCACUCAGCACAAACGGGUAGGGACACACCACUUUACUAAAGGCAUUACGCACGUCAACCAAAUGACUGGGCAUGAGCAUCGUGAUAUUCAACGCACCAUUGUUGCUUCAAUCUCAGGUGCUGCUCCACCUAGAUUCGUUCGCGCAAUCCGCGCUCUCAUAGACUUUUUCUAUUAUGCUCAAAAUUCAGUCCAUUCUCCCGAAUCCUUACAGUCGAUGGUGCAGGCACUCUCCGAUUUUCAUGCAUUCAAGGAUGCUAUCGUCGAGGCCGAGGCGAGGAGGGGGAAGAAGGGCGCCAAAGAAGACUUUUUCAUCCCCAAGCUCGAGUCACUCCAAAGCUUCAGAGGCACGAUUGAGAGACUGGGUACUUUGAUGCAGUUUUCAGCCGACAUGACGGAGCGCUUGCUCAUCACUCACUGCAAGGAUCUCUUUGCCCGAACAAGUCGACGAGUGAAUGAUUUCACGGAGCAGUGCGUACAGAUUCUCAAUCGGCAGGAGUCAAUGGAAUUGUUCAACCUGUACGCACUAAUCACUUCCCAUGGCGCAUCGCUCGUCAACGCCAUAAACCUUGAAGAUGAGGAAGUGACAACCGUCAACCCAGCACUCUCCUGGAUUUCUCGUAUACUCCCUGAUGAAGCAUAUUCUGUCCAUGGACCUCGACGAGUCCGUAAUCAUUUUCACAAGGGCAUUCUUUCUGGAGACGCUCUCACUGCCUUCCAUUUAACUUCAACACCAGAUCUCAAGUCCCUGUCGCCCGUCGAUAUUCUCACCAAAUAUGCACUCAUUGAUUUUGAUCACGCAGUCUCCCAGUUCAUCCAGUGUUCUUCCCUCUCCAGUGGCAAGAAUACUCGCUGGGACCACAGACAUGGACGCUUUUACGCAUGGAACAAAUUUCGAUUGCAACUUCACUCUGCCUUCCAACCUCGAGUGAUCAUGCCAAGCAGAGUGAUCCAAUCAUACCCUCCCAGCGACCUAUUUCCCCUCGGGAACUGUGAUACCGUCCUUGUCGAUUUUACGAGUGAUGAUGGCCAAAUUACAAGUCACGUCGCCCAAGUUCUAGUGGUGCCGAAGUCCGGUUCGGUUCGGUUCUUAGGCCUCUAA